GCUCCUCCUCGCGACGACGUGUUGCGUCGUUGGGUGCCUCGCCGCCGCACACCGCCGUGCGCUCGACGAGGCGGCGAUGAAGAGCGGCCCGCUGCCGACCGCGAUGGUGCGUGAGGUGCCGCGCAAGGGGGAGGGCGCGGCGCAGGCGUACACCGUCGCCGCAGCGGGCGAGGGCAAGGAGUGGGAGCCCAUCCGCAUCGUGGUGUCGAUGGAGGAUCUGAAGGACGCAAGUAAAUACUGCACCAAAGAAGACGAAAAGAAACCCAACUUCAAGGGGCAAGAGUUGAAGUGCAGGAAGGAUGAAGUUCUGACCGCGGAUUGGAACAGAACCCUGGUGAACGAGGUCAUCCCCGUGGCUCUCAAGCUGCACGCGGAGCGUCUGCUCGUUCGACGCCUGAAGACUCCGCUGAAGGUGCCCAAGUUCACAGAGGAGCAUGGGUUUUGCCAGUACUUCAAGGUCCCCGAAGGGCACCAAAGUGCGGGGGUUGAGAAUGCGGACAUGGUGCUCUACGUGGCUGCCAGGUCUAAUUACGGGGAGUGGGGUCUCCCGUGUGCGUUUGGGACGGAUGGUCGUCCAAUUGCCGCUGCCCUGCAUCUGCUGCCUUUUCAAACAUUUUCCGUCAUGCACGCCUCU